UCUCCUUCAUCGUCCCGCCCCCAACUGAAUAUAUUUUUCUUUUGGAUUCUUAGUUCCAUUCCACCUCCCUACUCAUUUCUUCUUCCCUUUUAAAUAUUCCCUCAUUAUUUAAAAUACGCCGAACUCACCGGCCAUUUUUUCCGGUGAAAAAUUACGAAAAGAAAAAGAAAAAGAAAAGAAGAGAAACAAGGCACUAAAGAUGAUUUUUAGGAUGGAUGGGAAGAAUUUUUGUAACAGAAACGGCGAAACGGGGGAUAACGGUCGAACUAUCAAAGAGGUCCGCUACCAAAGAAUUAGGAGUUAUAACAUUCAUAAAAGGUGAAAAAGUCCGACGAGAUAGUCAUCGGAAAAAAUGGUAUCAAUAUGCUCUAAUCUACGAGACGCCGACCAACUGUGAUGAUAGCGGUGGACCUUCUAGGUAUUGCUUUCUUAGAGUGAAGAAAUUUUACAGUAAUAAAGCUCUUUCAUUUUUAUUUGAUGGUCCUUCAUUUGAUCAAGCAAUUAAAGAGUUUAACAAUAUAUUUUUAGAUGCUACUAAAAAUCAAUGAAAAGCGUGGGUUGACAAAAUUUCACAUAUUUCCCGACUACUGGUUGCCUAACUGGAGAGAAAUGAUUUUUUUUUUACAGCAAAUAGGUAAGAUGUAACUUUUUUAUAAGUAUGAUUUAUUUUCCAUUGAGAUUUUUGUUGUUUUUUAAUAGGACAAAUAAAUUAGAACACAAAAAAAAAGUGAGA